CUACCCGCCCUCCUGUUCACAAUGAAGGAAUCCUUGCUCUGCUUGGUGACUACCCUCCUGGUCUGUUUCCCAACUUCUUCCUACAGUCAACUCUACACCAUGGCUGUUCCUAGUGUCCUGUGGGUGGAAAACGAAGAGCAGAUUGUGGUGGAGGCUCAUGGGCUCAAUGCUGCCACAGAGGUGACCGUCUCUGUCCAUAAUUUCCCACAGAAGAGGGAUAGCUUGUACCAGAUCAAAGCUACCAUGAAUCCAGCUAAUGGCAUGAUGGUGACUCCUCUCAUAAAGGUUCCUGCAAAAGACCUAAAGAAGGAUCCCAAGAAAAACCAGUAUGUUAUUGUCCAGGCUUCUUGUCGUCAUUUCACACUUGAGAAGGUGGUUCUGGUCUCCUUCCAAAGUGGCUACAUCUUCACCCAGACAGACAAAACCAUCUACAAGCCUGGAUCAUCAGUGCGGUACCGUGUUUUCUCUAUGGGUCAUGGCAUGGAACGUUUGGACAAAAAUGUGAUUGUUCAACUUGAGACAUCAGAAGGUGUUAUUGUCAGUGAGAAUACUUUCAAUCCCGCAACACCGCUCACUCAGUCAUUUCAUCUACCUGAGACUGUCAGUUUGGGAACCUGGAAUGUUGUGACUAGAUAUCAAGAUUCCCCGCAGGAGACCUUCAGAACACCAUUUGAUGUCAAAGAAUACGUAUUCCCAAGUUUUAAAGUUGACAUUGAACCAAGUGAGAAGUUUUAUCAGGUUAAUGUCAACAGAAAUUUCCACGUGGAUAUCACUGCAAGGUAUCUUAAUGGGAAGAAAGUUGAAGGUGUUGCCUUUGUCCUCUUUGGAGUGAAAACUGAUAAUGAGAAAAAGAGUAUUUCAGACUCACUCAAAAGAAUUCCAAUUCAAGAAGGGAAAGGAACUGCAGAACUAACGAAAGACAUGCUUCAGACCACGUCUCGCAAUCUUAAUCAGCUUGUUGGGUACUCUCUCUACAUCUCUGUAACAGUAAUUACAGAAUCAGGGAGCGAUAUGGUAGUGGUUGAGAGAGGUGGCAUAAACAUAGUGACAUCGCCCUAUCAGAUCCACUUCACAAAAACCCCAAAGUUCUUCAAGCCAGGGAUGUCCUAUGAACUGAUGGUGCACGUCACCAACCCUGAUGGUUCCCCAGCUGCCCAUGUCCCUGUGGUAUCUCAACCCAUUCAGGCUAAGGCAGCUACCCAGGACAAUGGAAUAGCCAAACUGAUCCUGAACACACCAGACACACAAGAGCUAAACAUCACCGUAAAAACAAACCAAGUGGGACUCCCAGAUGAACAUCAGGGAAUCAAGACCAUGCUGGCUACAGCCUAUCAAACCCAGGGAAAUUCUAGAAACUAUCUCCAUUUAUCAGUCUCAGCCACAGAAAUCAAAUCUGGGGACUAUGUAUAUAUCAACUUCAACGUAAGAAGCAACAAUCCACAAGUAUUAAGACAAAUCAGAUAUUUCACCUACAUGAUCUUGAAUAAAGGGAGGAUAAUCAAGGCUGGGAGACAAUCCACAUCUCCUGGGAGGAAUCUAGUGACCAUGUCUUUGUUCAUCACGCCAAAUCUUAUCCCUUCCUUCCGAAUUGUGGCUUAUUAUCAAGUGGGGAACAGUGAGAUUGUGGCUGACUCUGUCUGGGUGGAUGUGAAGGAUACCUGCAUGGGAAAGCUGGUUGUAAAAGGAGCAACUGAAGCUGACAAUCGAAUUCACCGGCCAGGAGAUGCAAUGAAAAUCAAAGUGGAAGGGGAUUCAAAUGCUCGGGUUGCCCUUGUGGCUGUGGACAAAGCCGUCUAUGUCCUGAACAAAAGUAAUAAGAUAAGUCAGACUAAGAUCUGGGAUACAGUAGAAAAGAGUGACAUUGGCUGUACCGCAGGCAGUGGUAGGAACAACGUGGGAGUGUUUGAAGAUGCUGGGUUGGCCCUGGAAACUAGCAACAAGUUUUCCACAAAGCAAAGAACAGAGAUAAAGUGCCCCCAAGUGGCAAAAGACAGAAGCCGUCGCUCCAUACAGCUCAAGUCUGAAACAAGCCAAGGUGACCAUGAUGAAUUUAUCAUGGAUGAGGAAGAUGUGUUAUCCAGGACCGAGUUUCAAGAGAGCUGGUUAUGGGAAACUAAAGUACUGACGGAAGCUCCUAACCAACAAGGGAUCUCAUCCAAAAUAGUGCCUUUUUACCUGAGGGAUUCCAUCACAACCUGGGAGGUGUUGGCAGUGAGCAUUUCGGAAACAAAAGGCAUCUGUGUAGCUGAACCUUAUGAAAUAAUGGUUAUGCAGGACUUCUUCGUUGACCUAAAGCUGCCUUACUCAGUAGUCAGAAAUGAGCAGGUGGCGAUUCAAACUAUUCUCUACAAUUAUGGAAUAACGGCUAUCAAGGUGCGAGUGGAACUGAUUCACAACCCGGCCUUCAAGCAGCACUACAGGCACGAUGUCACUAUCAGGGCACAGUCCUCUACAACAGUCCCAUUUGUUUUGGUGCCACUCGAGGUGGGGUUACAUGACAUCGAGGUCAAAGCGUCUGUUUGGAACUGGAUGAAGUCUGAUGGGGUGAAAAAGAAGCUCCGGGUUGUGCCUGAAGGGAUACGGAAAUCGCUUAUAAGAGUUAUUGAGUUGGAACCCUCUAAAAAAGGAAAAAAUGGAGUCCAGGAAGAGCUGGUGAAAGCUCAACAUUUUGAUGAUAUUGUUCCUGGAACUGAACCAGAGAUCAAAAUUAGCAUUCAAGGAGACCCUGUGGUUCAUCUUAUUGAGGAGUCUAUUGAUGGAAGCAACCUGAAACAUCUCAUCAGAACACCUUCUGGCAAUGGGGAACAGAACAUGGUCACCAUGACACCAUCAGUUAUUGCCACUCUCUAUCUUGAUGCCACGGAUCAAUGGGAGAAGAUUGGGCUGAAUCGCAGGGCUGAGGCCAUCAAACAAAUCUUGAUAGGUUAUGCCCAGCAGAUGGCGUACAAGAAACCAGACCACUCCUAUGCUGCACUUGUAACCCGCCCAUCUAGCACUUGGCUAACAGCGUAUGUAGUGAAGGUCUUUUCCUUGGCUUCCGAAAUUGUAUCAACCAUUGAUGCCCGGAUUGUCUGCGGAGGUGUGAAGUGGCUGAUUCUGGAGAAGCAAAAGCCAUAUGGGUUUUUCAGUGAAGAUGCCCCUGUGAUUCAUGGAGAAAUGGUGGGAGGCUAUAAAGGAACUGAAUCAGAUACAUCAUUAACAGCUUUUGUCCUGGUUGCUUUGCUGGAAUCCCGAAGCCUCUGUGAGAAACACAUUAACGUUCUACACAGCAGCAUCAACAAAGCUUCUGACUAUUUACUGAAGAAAUAUGACACAUUGAAAAGGCCUUAUACCACAGCACUCACAGCCUAUGCCUUGGCCCUGGCAGGGAGAUUGAAUGAUGACAAAGUCCUCAUGGCAGCAUCAACAGGCAGGAACCGCUGGGAAGAAUAUAAUGCCCGAAUCUACAACAUUGAGAGCACCUCCUAUGCCUUGCUGGCCUUACUGAAAAUGAAGAAGUUUGAAGGGACUGGCAUUAUCGUUAAAUGGCUGACAGAGCAAAAAUAUUAUGGAGGAACAGAUGGACAAACUCAAGCAACCAUCAUGAUGUUCCAAGCUCUUACCCAGUACGAGACUGACAUACCUUCUCAUGAGGACUUCAGGCUGAUGGUUACCAUCAAAUUGCCAGAACGACAAGAUCCAAUUCGUUACCUAAUAGAUGACCAGAGUAUGCUUUUAACCAGGACAGCAGAGACCAAGUUCAAUGAAGAUUUCACUGUUCGUGCCUCUGGCCAAGGAAGAGCGACAAUGACAAUUGUGACAAUGUAUAAUGCACAAAUUAAAUCAGAAGCCACUCAGUGCAAGAAAUUCACCCUUGAUGUUAGUGUUGAGCCCCUCAAGCUGAGUAAGGAGGAAUUAAACAGAUCCCUGCAGAUUGUCAAGAUCAAAAUCUGCAUCAGAUAUCUUGGUGAUGUCAAUGCCACAAACUCCGUCAUUGAUGUCUCCAUGCUCACCGGUUUUGCACCUGAUGUUUACGAUCUUAACAGGCUUUCUGAAGGAGUCGGCAGACAUGUUACCAAUUACGAAAUUAACAAAAACUACUCUGAAAGAGGAAAUCUUAUCAUUUACUUGAAAGAGGUCUCUCACACAAAUGAUGAAUGUGUGCAGUUUAGAGCUCACCAGUUUUUCGAAGUCGGUUUCAUUCAACCAGCAUCCGUGAAGGUGUACAACUAUUAUAAUCUAGACAAGCAGUGUAUCAAGUUCUACCAUCUUCCUAAAGAAAGUGGCCUCCUCAGUAAGAUAUGUCAUGGUGAUGUUUGCCGAUGUGUAGAAGAAAACUGUUCCUUGCUCAACAAUAUGAAGACAGAGGUUGAUCUACAGCAACGACUUCAUCUGGCCUGCAAGACAGGAGUGGAUUAUGUAUACAAAGCCAAAUUGGUUCGAAUAGAAGAGGAAAAUGGUUAUGCGAACUACUACAUGCAAGUUCUGGAAAAUAUUAAAGAAGGGACUGAUCCAAAUCCAGAAGCCAGUCCUCGCAAGUUUGUUAGCAAAAUGAGUUGCAGGGAAGCUCUGAAUCUGAAGGAGAACGUCGACUAUUUGAUCUCGGGUGUCACCAAUGACCUCUGGCAGGAAAAGAAUGAUUUCCACUACCUUAUAAGCAAAAAUACCUGGAUCGAGAGGUGGCCAAGUGAAGAUGAAUGUCAAGACCAAGAACUGCAGGACCUGUGCGAUAUCCUCACCCAGUUUUCCAAUACAUUAACAUUUUUUGGCUGCCAAGUCUAACGCAAAUUGCUUGCUGUCUGUUAUUCAGGGAAGACU